AUGGUAAAUCAAGAAGGUAGCCGGGAGGCCAUUUUAUUGGCCAUUGAGAAGGGAGGUGUUCAGCGGAAGGUUCUGCUUUGGGAGGUGGAGAUUCUUAAGGCUGCGGCUCCCAAGCACUUGGAAGAUCUUUAUACCCUCUAUGACAGCCAGCCCUUAGGGCCUCUUAAGGCCAAAAUAGCACAGGAGAUCAUUCGGGGAGAAAGAAGGCUCUCUAGGAUUAAGGAGCUAUUACAAAGCCAUGGCUGUUUAGCUGCUGGCAUAGAAGCCCCAUCCACCUCUAGUCUUGAGGCCAAGUCCGGUCCUAGUAUGGUUAGUAUUGCGGCAGCCGCCCUGUCUGCCUCUCCUCUACCAUCUACUCCAAAUAGUGAUUCUGAGAUCAGCUCUUUGUCGGCUAAUGAAGAGGAGAGUUCUAAGCCCAACGCCGCCCCCAUCCAAACUGCUCCAGCAUCCAUCACUCAAGAGCAUAACAUGCCUCAAUCUGACACGUCUCUACCUACUCCACCACAACACAACAUAAUAGAAGAAAACACUCUACAAGCAGAUGACAUGCAUACAAUCACAACACAGUCUGACUUGCCACAAGCCAAUACUAGCCCAGCCAAGGAAGCAACGGGUGCUUUCUUAGGAACAGUCGAUGGCAUUAUUCAGGCAUCGAUUCUAGCGGAGAUAGAGAAAGUAGCGGGAGCAAUUGACAUGCCAAGUCUGUGGGAACGAGUUGAGCCAGAAGCAACUUGGCAGGAGACGAUUAAGACCAUUAUGUGCUAUGCUAAGGAACAAGCCCAGUUAAACCAGCUAGUUAAGCCCAACUACAAGUCCUCGGCGGUUUGCUUUAAUUGUGAGCGCAAGGGCCAUAUUGUUAAAUACUGUCCGAUGAAGGCCAAGGCCUACCGGCGAAGAUAA